AUUUAAAUCUUUGAAAUGAGUAAAAAGAAUACAAAGCGUAAAUAAAACAACAAGACUGAGAAAGAAGACGAUUACAGUGACAUCUUUGAGGAAUAACUACCUAUUAUAAAAAAAAAAUCAAAAGAGGAACAACGAACUAACCAAAUACUGUUUGAGUCAAUUCGUAAUCCAGAAUAGGCAAAUCUGAUUCGUUGUCCAAUAGAAUCUAUCAAUAUUGAAUAAGUGCAUUAUAUUUAUGAAUUUUUUAGAUUCUUUAAGAUAUUUUGUAUGAGUCUUCAAAAGAGUCUCAAUAUUCAAAAACACUUAAGCAAAUUCUUCUAAUGGGACAGAGAGAUUUGAAAGACAAACAAAAAUAUUACUAAUUUAAAUGGCAAUCAUUAGGACACUCAAAUAUUAAUCGUUAAGAAUACCAAAGAUAAGAACAAAUGCUAAAAGAAUAAUAAUCUAAAGAUAUUGCUGAAAUUUAAAAUAAUGUUAUUGCUGAAUUAGGAAGAAAGCGAGUAAAAGGAUUUCAAUAAAGAGAAGACAUUCUUGAUGAGUUUCGAAUUAAUUUUAUGAAAAAAAGACAUCUAACUCCAGAUGGACCUGUUAUGGAGGAAUUCUAAUUUUAUGUUGAUCCUGAAGAAGCAAAUCGUCUUAAAAGAGAUUAAAUUUAAUUAUUAGAGAAACUUAUGGAAGAAUCACAUCUUAUACCUGAAAAUCAUCCUUUAGAAUUGAAAAGGUAUUUUAGUCAACCAGAUAAUACAGGACAUUAAACACGUUAUUUGUAAAGAACUUCAAGUAAUUAUAUUUAAAGGUAUUAUAUAUAAAUUAUCUUAGUAAUAAUGAAUAAAAUUAGAGUGAUGUUUAAAAAUUAUAAAUAUUCCCUAAAUUGUAAAUUGAUAAAAUUAUCAAAGAGAAAAUGGAAAAUAUGACACCAAAGAAAAUUGAAGUAAGUGUUUCUAAAAUAACCCAAGCUUGAAGGAACUGCUCAAACUUGAUGAGUAAGAUAUUCAAGUAAUUCCAAGAAAUGU